UGCGCUGCAUACUAUAGCCGCAAAGAAACAUAAACAAACGUCGACAAGUCGUGACCAGUGAUUCCACAGCAAAGUGAAAAUUGCCCAUUGUUAAGUGUGAAAUCCACAUUCUCAUCGAAUUGAAAAGUGCAUCUGCUUGUGUGAUAACAUACAAUAGAUACAAUGAAUGCCCCAAGUGCAAAGGAGAGACUCUUCGAAAACAUGAAGCGAGAGUGCGACAGCGUGAACAACGUUGACGAUCUUUCCGUUUCGCUUUUCGAUGAAGAUUUGGUGGAUAUGAAUUCCAUGGAUCUCAAUUGGAUACUAAUACGCGCUGUCAAAGAGAGAUGUUUCAAAAUCGUGAGAUAUUUCGUCCGAGCUGACAUAAAAGUCGGCCGUCUCGACGAGUCAACUGGAACGGCAAUUCACAUUGCGAACAAGGGUUAUUAUAGGACCGAAGAAGAUCGUCCAGAAGUUGUGGGUUUACUUUUCAACACAUACGAUCAUGUGAAUUAUACCAAUAAAAAAGGAUUAUCACAUUUUGAUAUGGCCUGCCUAUGUGGCAAUGUUGAUAUGAUGCAAAGGUUUAUAGAUCAAGGCGUUGACGUGAAUCACUUGAGCGUUGAUGAUUCCACACCACUACAUUAUGUGACUCACUCGUUUAACAUUGAUGCAGUUAUUAUGCUGUUAAGCAAUGGUGCAGAUCCUAAUGGCAAAAUAUGGCAAGAUUUCACACCUUUGAAUCUUUUUUGCUUAAAAAUGUCGUUGGAAUUACCAAUUCGUAAUCACAGUUAUUGGUUGUCGACUAUUCAAGUGUUACUUCAGUAUAACUCUGAUGUCAAUACCCAAGAUGAAGAUGGUAACAGUCCCCUAUUGAAUCUAUUUUAUGAUAAAGCUUAUGGUAUGUGUACAGCACAACAAGUAGCAUUAGAAAUGCUUUUGAAUUAUAAUGUUGAUUUAGCACAUGUAAACAAGAAAGGCAAAUCAGUAUUGCACUUGCUUCCUUGUUGGAAAAUCGAUGGAGAAGGCAUGGUUAAUGUAGAAGAAAUGUAUUUCAGAAAAAGUGAUCCUACUGUUAUUGAGGUAAUGAAAAUGCUAUUACAACAUGGAGCAGAUGUCAACAUUCAAGAUCACGAUGGAAAUUUUCCACUUGAUGUGGCUAUUUCGUACUGCAACUAUGACGUAGUUGAGAUUCUAUUGGAACAUGGUGCCUGCAUCAACGCUGUGAAAUUCCAAGGAGGUUUAUUAGACCCUGGUAGCAAAACCUUACGAAACUUGGAAAUGACUCAAAAUCUUCUAGCUAUCAUAGCACUUUUAAAGAGAAAAGGAUUUCUUAUGAGUAAUUAUCAAAAGCUGACUGUCAUGAAAUUUUUGAAUGGGUUUGAUGAAAUUGAAUUGAUCAGCAUUUUAUCACAUGAAAUAGAACUAGGCUAUAUAGGCAAAAUUGAUCAAUUCAUUCGUGGGAAUGAAGAAGUACGAGACAUGAUAGAGGAAGAGGACGUAUAUGAAUCUAUUAAAGACCAUCUAGAUACCAUAAGAAUAGGACAAAUGUACUUGGAUCCAGCAAUACGCAAUUAUCUUCAAGAUAAAUUGCAGAUGUUUGAUUCUUCUCAAGGCUACUCUAUAGAUGAACAGAAAGUUAAAGGCGGCUUUGCUGAAGCCAAAAAUACCAUGAUUAAUAGUAGUUUAUCGCUCUUUGAUUUAUGCUCUUCAAGCCUGAGUGAAACAUACCAAUUAUUAAAACUUUGUGAUUAUUCACUUCUAGUAAAUUCAAAAGAUUUUGAUAAAAUAUUUUUUCCUAUCCAUCAUGUUAUAAAAGGUCAUAUUACUCAAAGUUUAAUUCGUGGAUUUUUCGAACAAGUAGCAAGAGAAGCUAAUCUUGUGCAAUUACUGACCCAAAUGUGUCUACCGUAUCUUUGUUGUGAAAAUAUACUGAAGCAUUUAGAUAAUAAAACCAUAUUUAUUAUUUAUCAGCUGUAUAUCCAUGAACUGUAA